AUGUAUGCCUACAAACCGUCUGGGGAACAGCCUGCUGUUGUGUGUCAGACAGCCGGCACAGUGGAAUCUCCUCACUGUCCUGUUUCAUUGUCCUCCGCAUCAAAUCUGAAGCGUCAUGAACGCACACAACAUGGCCAUGACCAUCCUCCAGUGAUCUGCGUGGACAAAAAAAAUGCCAUCUUUGUUACACCUAAAGAUGCCAGUGGACCAUGUAUUCCAAUACACAUCAUGAAGUCCGUUGUAACACCGAAAUUGGCAUGUGAGUCAGCAAUCUGCCGGGAUUACAUGAAGAUCGCAGCUGAGUUUGGAAGUCCAGGUCAGGAAUGCCAAAACGUCCGCAGGACCAAUGGUACUGCCAUCUACAGUGCGCCUCCAUCCCUACUUAUGGCUUCGUUGGAUGAGAUGGUGGGGCAGGGUCUGUUCUCCACCUUGCGGCAGAGGGAGUGUGAGGAGCUGCACUCAAAGGCACAAUGGGAAGAAGUGGACUGUGUCUUCCCCAUCGUUUGGAAAAGACAGCGACAGCAGGAGAGACUGAAGCACUUUUCCGUCUACACAGGGCAACAGGAGAGCUGGUGUCCAUUCGGCCGUACACGGGUAACCUUUGACUCCCAGCAUGUGUUGGUUGCGGAUGGCAACUGGAAGAUUGCCUUUGAUGUGCCAGUUCUCUUCAAGCGCCCAAAUAGGGACAACCUCACUGAGGAGGACAUGGAGGUCAAUGUCCGUGGCAGAUGGAACUCCGACUAUUAA